CCUCUUCGGUUAGAAACUGUAGUGGCACAGAUACAAUGAUGAGUCAUAUAUCUAUCUCUAUGGUGUGAUAUGAUUUUCUAGUAGGGAACGAUUUAGAGUUUGCACUUCCAGGUGUCAGCUUGUGUUUACAUCAUUUUGCAAUGAGUUUUGAGUGGCCCUGGCAAUAUAAUUUUCCUCCGUUUUUUACGUUACAGCCCAAUGUUGACACCAGACAGAAACAGUUAGCAGCUUGGUGCUCCCUCGCACUGUCCUACUGCCGCCAUCACAAGCUCUACACUCUGGACAUCAUGGAAGCCCAAGAGAGCCCUGUGUUCAAUCACAAGAAUAUUGAUAGAAAACUAUCAAUGGAGGCCAUACUAAUUGUUUUUGAGGAAUUGAGGAAAAAAGGGAACCUGGAAUGGUUAGACAAGAACAAGACGCGGUGUCUAGUCAUGUGGAGGAGGCCAGAAGAAUGGGGGAAACUGAUUUACCAGUGGGUCUCUAAAAACGGUAUGGUCAAUACAGUGUUUACACUCUACGAGCUCGCCAACGGUGACGACACAGAAAGCGAAGAAUUCCAUGGGCUGGAAGACUGGAUGCUGAUUCGUUCGCUGCAGGCCCUGCAAAUGGACGGCAAGGCCGAGGUCAUCUCCAUGGACGACGGGAAGGGGGUCAAGUUCUUCUGAAGAGACAUUGCAUUGUGGGAUUGAACAAGUGCUCAACUCAGACUGGGAACCUUCAUCCUUAUUGGCUGUGAGAGUACUGCUUGCCUGGACCCAGAUCGGUUUGUGCUGUCCUGCCAACUCCCUGUGGUCAUUGGCAUGACAAAGGAGGUGCAAGACAGUGCAAACAGAUCUGGGACCAGGUUAAUGAGGGUUGCGCUGUUUAAAAGGCUAUUAUUUGCACCUCAGCACCCAAGCUACGUGGUUGAUGAUAAUAAUAGUCAUUAUUUGAUUUAGGUAGUUGCCUUAUUUGGUUCACCUAAGUUUAAAGCAUUUUCUUACUGGAAGGGAACUAAUCUCGCUAGUAAAUUCCAUCUGCAGGAGCAAUUUAGGAGGUGACUUUAUUUAGACUUCUGUGGUAGUCACCUGGGAUGUUUAAUGUGGGACUUUCCCCACAAUCGGUGUCUUUCCCUUACUAUUUUCUUCUGUUUUAUAUUUAUAACUUGUUUUUAUUCUUAACCUCCUGAUUAUUAACAAAUCUACUUGCAGCGAUUAGGUGUGGUUGUGGUAUGGACUUCUGCUGUAUUGCUGUUCUUCUUUACCUCCAAAAAUCCUCAAGAAAUCCCAGUCAAGACACCCUGGAGACAUUUGGGGAGUUUUAAAACCUCCCAGGAAGAGGACACACAUGGGAGUAUUAGAAUCCUGAUUUAGUUCAGCUGUAAUAAUGGUGCUGGAUGUCUAAUGUACAGACUGACUGCUGUAAACCCUUAGUACAUAACCUAUGACACUCCUGUACACUGUCUCUAUUCAUCCUUUUUUUUAACCAAUGGAAUCCUGUAAGAAAAUAAAUAGGAGAUAAAUGUUGUCCUACAGUUGUGAAUGAGGACAAUUCUGUACAUGUCAAGGUCUAAUUUUAGUUAUUACAAGUGGCAAUCAAUUUUGUAUAUUAAAUUAAUAGUUCAAUAGUGGUAACAUGUAUUACAGUAUGUCAGCUCUGGGGAUCUUGGAUUAAUUAAGUGCAUUAUAGUGCCCCCUAGUGUCAAAUAUGAAUACAGUUACACGUUUACUACAACUUUAUGAAUGAUCAAAUCAACUUUAUUUGUCACAUGCGCCAAAUACAACAAGUGUAGACUUUACCAUGAAAUGCAUACUUACAAGCCCUUAGCCAACAGUGGUAGUCACCUGGGAUGUUUAAUGUGGGACUUUCCCCACAAUCUGUGUCUUUCCCUUACUAUUUUCUUCUGUUUUGUAUUUAUAACUUGUUUUUAUUCUUAACCUCCUGAUUAUUAACAAAUCUACUUGCAGUGAUUAGGUGUGGUUGUGGUAUGGACUUCUGCCGUAUUGCUGUACUUCUUUACCUCCAAAAAUCCUCAAGAAAUCCCAGUCAAGACACCCUGGAGACAUUUGGGGAGUUUUAAAGCCUUCCAGGAAGAGGACACACAUAGGAGUAUUAGAAUCCUGAUUUAGUUCAGCUGUAAUAAUGGUGCUGGAUGUCUCAUGUACAGACUGACUGCUGUAAACCCUUAGUACAUAACCUAUGACACUCCUGUACACUGUCUCUGUAUUCAUCCUUUUUUUUAACCAAUGGAAUCCUGUAAGAAAAUAAAUAGGAGAGAAAUGUUGUCCUACA